AUGCUUGCUCCAGUGCAUCGCAACAUUCCCACACCCGUACCCUCUGCUCCUUUUGGCAACCUUCCAUCCCAGCAAGCUCAGAUUUAUGCCGAUUUGAGCCCAAGAAGCGCGUCUUCUUCUUUAACGUCACCCUCUUCUAAUCCUCCUCUGUUCCUGCCAUACCUCCUGGCAGGUAAGUCCUCCGUCUUUCUCACUGUCAUUUGGACAUCCUUUCUACUAAGGUUUCUCUAUCCAACCAUCCAACCACCUAACAUCCCUCUUAUCUUAGUGUUUCUCUCCCCACUACCACUAGCUUUCUUCUUUAACCUUUCUCCCACUCUCUUGUACUUACUAUCAGCUAUUCUCACUGCAAAUUGUAUCAUUCUUUCUUUAAAGCUGUUUCUUUCUCCACCUAUUCCCAUCUUUUGCUCCUUUUUCGUUACUUGUGCUGUUUUUCUUUCUUUUUCUUCACCUUCCCCUCUCUGUCCUUUUCUCCGCCUUUCUUUCCCUCUAUCAGUUGUAAACAAUUUAUAUUGUUCUAAUCUCUCUUCAUUUAAGUAUAUCCCUUUCUUUCUUUCUUUCUUUCUUUCUUUCUUUCUUUCUUUCUUUCUUUCUUUCAUUUUGCUACGUCCGCUCUCUACGUACAACUAUCACCACUUUUCUUCCGUUCUUCCUAGCCUCUUUCUGAAAUAUCUAUCACUUUCUAACUUUAUUACCUCUAUCUUAACUGCUUUCUAUCUUUCUAUCGUCUUUGUCACUUUCUAUUUCGUUUCUCUCUUUCUAUUCCCUUUCUCUUUUUCUAUUUUCUUCCUAUCUUUCUAUUCCCCUUUUCGUUUUUUCUUUUCUUUAUUUAUUUUUCUUUCUUUCUAUUUAUUUCACUCUUUCUCUCCUUUUCUUUCUUUCCAUUCCCUUUCUCUCUUUUUCUCUUUCUAUUCUCUUUCUCGCUUUCUAAUCUCUUCCUUUCUAUUAUUUCUCUCUUUCUAUUCUCCUCCCGCCCUUCCAUUUUCUUUCUAUCUUUCUCUUCUCUUUAUGGCUUUCGAAUCCCCAUUUCUUUUUUAUUUCCUUUUUUUUUUUUUUUCACUACGUCUCCUGUUAUCUUUCUUCUUCUUCUUCUUCUUCUUCUUCUUCUUCUUCUUCUUCUUCUUCUUCUUUCUUCUUCUUUCUCUAUCAUUUUCUAUCUCUCUCUCUUCACAUGUCAUCAGUACUUCUCUCGACCUGCCUUCUUCAAAGAACUCAAAUCUUUUUACCCUCUCUAUUUCCUUUCUCUUCCCUUCUUCCUCCCCUCUUCCUCCUCCUCUCUUCCUCUCUAAUUUAUCUCACUCUUUCAUUAUCUACGCUUUUCUAACAGCUUUGAUUUUGCCGCCGCCUUCAACUUCCAAAAUUUCCCCUUUUUUCUUUCUCUUCCAACGGCUACACUCUUCUCUCACUCUCUAUUUCUUCUUCUUCUCUCUCUCUCUCUCUCACACACACACGCUCACGCACUCUCUGCCUAUGUAUCAAGCAAUCCCCGCUUGA